CCAGUGCUAAUGUUUGUGAGGUACAAUCUCCAACAUGCCUCCUAUACCAAGUAAACGUCCACAUAUUGUUAGCUAGCUACAAAAUGUACUAUACAGCAGUAGAGAAUGUAGGAUUAUAGGGCUUCAGUCCUGAAACUGCAGUCUGCUGUACUGUAGGAAUAUACUGUAGCAUUUAACAGUGUUCCUAUUACAGUGACGAGUGGAAAUUUACAGGUGUUGGUUUGAGUACCUGGAGCACAGGUGUGUCCUCAUGACGUCACUCAGGAGAAAUGAAACCAUAGUGAACUUGUUUCAUAAACAGAAUCCGUCUCCUUUGAGCAGGACUCAGUUUCAGCUUUAAUAUUUUCUUAGAGGAACUAAAUCUGUUGGAUCUGAUCUAAGAAGCAGAAAAGCAGAGAAAGAAAAGUGAAGCCGGCUGGUGAGUUUUCCUUCCUUCCAAUGUUUCUUCCUUCAGAUUGAGGGAGUCUUGUUGUCACUUUGUUCACGUAAAGUAACUUGUUUUAUCUGUUGAAAUGUUGUCUUUAAACUUUAAUUCAACAAGACAGUUUCAGUUUUAAGUCUUUCUGAGAGGAACUAAAUCUACUCUAAGGAACAGAAAGUCAGGCAGAGGGAAUUUCUGUAAUGGCUCAAGAGUGUGAUCUGUAAUCUCUGUGUUCGUAUUUGAAACAUUAACCAUGAAGGCAUUACACUUCCUGAGAAUAUCACCUUUAUAUCUCUCUCUGUGUUUCCUCAGUCAAUCAUGGCUUCCUCCAGCAGUCUCCUGUCUGAAGAUCAGCUCCAGUGCUCUAUCUGUCUGGAUGUGUUCACUGAUCCAGUCUCUACUGCAUGUGGACACAACUUCUGCAUGGUCUGUCUCAGAAAGUGCUGGAACAGCAGCUCACACUGCCAGUGUCCAGUAUGUAAGAGAGAAUUCCCCCAAAGACCUGAACUGUCUAUAAACACCUUCAUCUCUGGACUGGCUUCUGAGUUCAAGAAGUCAGUUCAGGUGAAGUCCAGCAGAGCUCCAGAGAAACGUUCCUCCAAAUCUAAGAAGGUGCUGUGUGUCUACUGCAGUGAGGAGAAGCUGGAGGCUGUAAAGUCCUGUCUGGACUGUGGCGUCUCUUUCUGUGACACUCAUCUGAUGCCUCAUAAAACUACACCCAAAUAUAAGAAACACAAGCUGAUGGAUCCUGUGGAGAACCUGGAGGACUACAUCUGCCAGAAACAUGAGAGACCCCUGGAGCUGUUCUGUAGAGACGACCAGACGUGUGUGUGUCAGUUCUGCACUGAGACGGACCACCGGACUCACAGCACUGUUCCUAUAGAGGAGGAGAGUGGAGAGAAGAAGACUCAGCUGGACAAGACACAGGCAGAGGUUCAGCAGAUGAUCCAGGAGAGACUGAAGAAGAUCAAGGAGAUCAAACACUCUGUAGAACUCAAUAAAAAAAUCAGAGAGAAGGAGGAAGCAGACAGUGUGGAGAUCUUCAGGGCUCUGGUGCGCUGCAUUGAGAGAAGCCAGGCUGAGCUGCUGGAGGUGAUGGAGGAGAAGCAGAAAGCAGCAGAGAGGCAGGCUGAAGAGCUGAUUAAAGAGCUGGAGCAGGAAAUCACUGAGCUAAAGAGGAGAGACACUGAGCUGCAGCAGAUCUCCCACACUGAGGACCACCUCCACCUCCUACAGAUUUACCCAUCCCUCUGCAGACCCCCACACACCAAGAACUGGACUGACGUCAGUGUUAACACUCCUCUGAGUGUGGAGAGUCUGAGGAGAGCUCUGUCUCAGCUUCAGGAACAUCUCACACAGGAGAUGGAGAAGAUUCCUGAGAUCAAACUGAAGAGAAUUCAGCAGUAUGCAGUGGACGUGACUCUGAAUCCUGAUACAGCAAAUCCUAAUCUCAUCCUGUCUGAUGAUGGAAAACAAGUUAAACAUGGAGACAAACAACAGAAACUCCCUGAUAAUCCAGAGAGAUUUAGUCGUGCUACCUGUGUUCUGGGAAAGGAGGGUUUCUCCUCAGGGAGAUUUUACUAUGAGGUUCAGGUCAGUGGGAAGACUUGGUGGACUUUAGGAGUGACCAGAGAGACCAGCAACAGGAAGGGAGAUAUUAGAGCCAGUCCUGAGGAUGGAAACUGGACUGUGUGUUUGUGGAAAGAAACUGAAUAUGUGGCUCUGGAAUCUCCUCCUGUCCUCCUCUCAUUGAAACAGGCUCCUCAGAAGGUGGGGGUGUUUGUGGAUUAUGAGGAGGGUCUGGUCUCCUUCUAUGAUGUUGAGGUCAGAUCUCAUAUCUACUCUUUCACUGGUCAGUCUUUCACUGAGAAACUCUAUCCAUUCUUCAACCCCAGGCUUAAUGAUGGAGGUAAAAAUUCAGCUCCACUGAUCAUCACUCCUGUUCAGCAUGAAUAAUAAGGUUAAUUUUCCAUCACUCUCUUUGAAAUUCAUGAAGCUCUUUUUAUUUACCUCUAUUCUUAGUAAAUAUUUCUGAAAUAUACUUUGUUGACCAGCGUCAGGGUUUUGAAUCUGAUGCAGGCGGCAACAGGAAGCCAGUGAAAUGAAUCCAGUUUAUCCUGCAUUUAUAAUGCACGUUUUAUUCCAGCACCAUUGGCUUUAUCUCCCAUCAAACAUAUAAGUAUAUACUAGAACAGGGUGAAAGGAUGAUAAUGAUAAAGUAUACAGAAAAACAGACACAGGAUUAUAGUCUGUAAUUAUUAUACAAACCUUAAAGUGUCCUAAUAUGAUCAGUGGAGCUGAAACAAAGGAUAUAAGAAUGUAGAAGUAGAAAGAAGAAGAUGAUCAUAAUGUUAUGUUCUAUCUGUUUAAGUUGAAGAACAGAAACUCCCUGAUAAUCCAGAGAGGUUUAAUGAUUAUUUAUGUGUUCUAAGAAAGGAGGGUUUCUCCUCAGGGAGAUUUUACUAUGAGGUUCAGGUCAGUGGGAAGAAGUUCUGCUACCACUCAUCUUUAUCAUUACUGAUCCUCUAGAAACAAAUCCAAUAAAGAAAUUUACAUGUA